AUGAAGAUACCCACCUUUUCCUCCCUCGUCGCCACGGUCCUCGCCACGGCAUCCCUCGUCCAUGCCCAGUAUCCAGCGCCCGGCGAAUGCACAGGCGACUGCUGGGGGCACGAUCCGGGCUUUCAAGUGCGCCAGUCGGACGGUCGCUACUUCCGGUUUUCGACGGGCGGAGGCAUUCACAUCCACUCGUCGGCCUCGCUGACGGGGCCGUGGGAGGCAGUAGGACAGGCGCUGCCGGGGGGUUCAGUCGUCGAUCAUGCUGGGAGGACAAACUUGUGGGCCCCCGACCUCCACUACGACGCCGGCCGCAACACCUACUACAUGUACUACAGCGUCUCAACCCUCGGCUCACGCGACAGCAUCAUCGGCGUCGCCUCCUCGCCCAACCUCGAAUCCGGCUCGUGGGUCGACCACGGCGGCCUUUUCCGCUCGGAGCCCAACGGGCCAUACAACGCCAUCGACGCCAACUUUGCAAACAUUGGCGGCGAGCCCAUCCUCACGUUUGGCAGUUACUGGAACGGCAUCCACCAGGUUCCGCUUGCGGGUCCGUUGGCUCUUGCACAGGGCGCGCAGGCUCGCAAUGUCGCGUAUAACAGUACGGGGAACCAUGCGAUCGAGGCUGGGUAUGUCAUUUAUCGGCGUGGAUGGUAUUACCUGGUCUUUUCGAGUGGACGCGCUGGCGGGUAUGUGGAAAACCCGGCGCCGCCAGGAGAGGAGUAUCGGAUUGUCGUUUGUCGGUCGAGUGACGGGCGAGGUGGAUUUGUCGACCGCGAAGGCCGCAACUGCCUCAAUGGCAACGGCGGAACCACGAUCCUCGCCUCGCACGGCAACGUCUACGGACCCGGUGGCCAGGGCUUGUUUGAAGAUAGAGAGCGCGGGUGGGUGCUGUACUACCACUAUGCGAACCCGACCAUUGGCCUCGAGACGAGCCAGUACCAGUUUGGCUGGAAUGUGCUGCAGUGGUCGGAUGGGUGGCCCAGUGUAUAG